CAGUUUCAAUUUCAGCUUCAAUUUCAAUUAUUUUGAUAAAUAUUUAUACCUAUACGUACACACACAUACAUAUAUACAAAUAUCUCUCUCUCCCUCCCUCCAAUGGAUUCUCCGAAACUCCCGUACUCUCUCUCCGCCUCCUCCUCAACUCCAUUCGCUUCCUCCGCCGUAAAACCUCACCGGAAAAACCUCCCUUCCCGUAAUUGCAUCCUCAUCAUCAUCGCCACUUCCUCCAUCCUCCUCCUUCUCUUAACCCUCAUCCUCUACGCCACCACUUCCAAAUCCUCCCACCACCGCCACAAUACUCCGCAGCAAACCCCCUCCUCCGGCGAUACUCCUCCGCCGGAGACUCCUUCCCCUCCUCCCAUCGCUCAGAUCCGCCUCGCCUGUAACGCAACGCGUUUCCCUGACCACUGCUUUUCCUCCCUCUCUAAACCGGGUCGGGUCCCUCCGGAUCCUAAACCGGUCCAGAUAAUCCACUCGGCGAUUUCCGUCUCAUUCGAGAGUCUCAAAUCCGGUCAGACGAAAAUCAAAUCAAUUCUAGACUCCUCCGCAGGGAAUAAAAACCGAACCAACAUCGCCACCAUUUGCCUUCAGAUCCUCUCUUACGCCGAGCACCGCACAGAAUCGACGGACGUCGCCGUGACCUCCGGUGAUAUCAAAGACGCUCGUGCGUGGAUGAGCGCUGCUCUCGCUUACCAGUAUGAUUGCUGGUCAGGUCUCAAAACCGUCAACGACACGAAGCAAGUCGUGGACACGAUCACGUUUCUCGAUGAUCUCGUGAAACUCACCGGAAACGCGCUGAGCAUGAUGGUCUCGUUCGACAGUUUCGGAGACGACGUCGCUUCCUGGAUCCAUCCAGCUACGGAACGAGACGGGUUUUGGGAGAAAGCUGGGCCUAGUUUGGGCUCGGGUAUGGGUACGGCUAAGGAGGCCGAUUUGGGUUUCCCGUCUGGUUUAACGGAAGACGUGACUGUGUGUAAGGACGGAGGGAAAGGACCGUGUGGUUAUAAGACGGUGCAGGAAGCCGUUGACGCAGCGCCGGGAACUAACGGAACUGUUAAGUUUGUGAUACGGAUUAGAGAAGGCGUGUAUGAGGAAACCGUUAGGGUUCCGUUUGAGAAGAAGAACGUCGUCUUCAUCGGAGAUGGGAUGGGCAAAACGGUAAUUACAGGGUCGUUGAAUGUAGGGCAACCAGGGAUGACGACGUACAACUCUGCUACUGUCGGAGUUCUCGGCGACGGAUUCAUGGCACGUGAUUUAACCAUAGAGAACACGGCAGGAGCAGACGCGCACCAGGCCGUAGCGUUUAGAUCAGACAGUGAUUUCUCAAUACUCGAAAACUGCGAGUUUCUUGGGAACCAAGACACCGUUUAUGCUCACUCUCUUCGCCAAUUCUACAAACAAUGUCGAAUCCAAGGCAACGUAGAUUUCAUCUUCGGUAACUCAGCUGCCGUAUUCCAAGAUUGCAGUAUCUUAAUCGCUUCAAAAAAUUCCAAACUCGAGCAAGGCGGAGGCGCAAACAACGCGAUCACAGCACACGGGAGGAUCGACGCGUCACAGUCCACAGGAUUCGUUUUCUUGAACUGUUCGAUUAACGGAACAGAGGAAUACAUGAAGGAGUUUCAAGCGAACCCUAAAGCGCAUACGAACUAUUUGGGAAGGCCAUGGAAGGAGUUUUCGAGGACGGUUUUUGUGAACUGUAACCUUGAGUCUUUGAUUAGUCCUGAAGGAUGGAUGCCGUGGGACGGGGAUUUCGCGUUGAAGACUUUGUAUUACGGUGAAUAUAAGAAUACGGGUCCGGGAUCGGUUAGGUCGAAGAGAGUUCCAUGGAGUAGUGAGAUACCGGAGAAGCAUGUUGAUGUUUACUCUGUGGCCAAUUUUAUUCAGGCUCAUGAGUGGGCUUCGACGACUGCUUGAUGUUGUAAAGGAAAAUGGGGUUUUGAAAAAGAAGACAAGUGAAGUCGUAACUGUAACUUUAUUGUAGUGUUAAAAAAUUAGUAUAUAAAUCAUUAGUAUAUGACUCGUA